GCCGUGCCCAAAGCUCCUCAAAAUCAUUCCCAGGGCUUCUGCCUCCAUUUCCCCCCCCCGUGGGGGGCAUCCCUGCGGGGCUGCAGCCGGCACGGCUCGGGGUCUGUCUCGAGCUGAGGGGUGGGCUGCGUUUCGUCCUUAUUUUUGUUGAUCUCUAAGAGAAAUCUCCAUAUUUUUUUUCCCCCUGCCUCUCCACGGUUUUGGCAGGGGGUGCGCGCCGCGGCUCUCCCCGCGCGAUGCGGCGUCGCGGGGAGGUGGAGCAGCCCACGGAGAGCUGCGUCCCUGCAGCCACCGCUCUCCGCUCUCUCGCAGCGCCUGCUCGCUCCCGGCUCCUCGUCCUCCUCCGAGGGAUCCCGCUGGGGGAAAAAAGGGGCACCCGGUGUUGGGGGGGGACACCCCCGAGCCAACCUGCCGGGGUUGGGGGCCCCUCCGUUUGCCGGCGAGGCGAUUAGCAGCCGGAGACGACGGCGGGGGGAGCGGUGGGGAUGCUGCCCUGGCGCCGGAGCAAGUUCGUGCUGGUGGAAAAUGAACGUAAGUGCAAAGGGAAGAGCCUGGGCCCCGGGCUGGGCUACGCCUCGCUGCUGGCCAGCUUCUUGCGCUCCUGCCCGGACCUGCUGCCCGAGUGCCCGCUGGAGCGCCUGGGCAGCGUUUUCGGCGGCCGGCGGCAGAAAGUGGAGCUGAACAAGGAGGACCCGACGUACACGGUGCGGUACCUGGGCAACGCCGUCACGCUGCACGCCAAGGGCGAGGGCUGCACGGAGGAGGCGGUGGGCAAGAUCUGGGCCAAGAGCGAAGCCGGGGCCGGGGGGGCCAAGAUGAAGCUGACGCUGGGGCCCCACGGCAUCCGCAUGGCGCCCGGCGAGAAGGGGGCCCGCCGGCCGGGCCACGCGUACCUGCUGCACCGCAUCACCUACUGCGCGGCCGACCGGCGGCACCCCAAGGUGUUCGCGUGGGUCUACCGGCACCAGGUGAAGAACAAGGCGGUGGUGCUGCGCUGCCACGCCGUCCUCGUCCCCAAAGCCGCCACGGCGCGCGCCAUGGCCCUGCUCCUCUUCCAGACCUCCGCCUCCGCCUUCAACGAGUUCAAGCGGCUCAAGAGGCAGAACGACGUCCACCACGUCCAGCAGCAGCUCCUGGGCGAAGCCAUCGUCCCCCUGGUGCCCCUGCGCAAGCUGCUCAACGCCAAGUGCCCCUACCGCCCGCCGGCCGAGCGGGCCCGCUGCGCCCCGCGCCUCAGCUCCAUCUUGGAGGAGGACGAGGAGGAAGCCAUGGGCACCGGCUGCGGGCCGAGGGGCGACGGAGGCCUCGGCGAGCGAGCCGCCGUGCUGCGGCUGGCCAGGGAGAUGCGGGGGUGCAGCCUGCGUGGCCCUCUCCCCCCCUUGUGCUGAGCAAAGCCCCCCCGAAACCCCCCCCCCCAGGACAAGGAGCCCAUCGGCACCGCCAUUUGGUGGACGUUGAGAGGGCCCCAAAGGGGCCUCGGGGACACUGGACGAGAGGGUUUGCUGGCAAACGUGGCACUGGGAAAAAAGGGGGGGGGGGGCUGCCACCCCAGGACCCCCCCCUCUGACCCGUGGAGGCCGAAAUAAAGUGGAAAUAAAGCGCG